AUGGCGUAUAUGUUCGCUGCAAGAUGUCGAGGAGAACCGGUUAGUUCCAGUCCAGGUGUAAGUCUUAUUUUUUGUAAAUUUUAAUUUAAGUUAAACGUUUUGUCAAUAUUUUCAGAACUAUUGUGUUGUCUUUGCUCGUGACAUUACAGGAACAAGUGAGAGUUUUUGCACAAAGGAAGCAGCCAUCCCUACUGGGGUUGAAACAGGUAUGUUAACUUAUUUUAUUGCAUUACUUUUUUACAGAAGGUUUAAGAUAAAGGACGGUAAUGUCAAAUUGAAUUACCGUAACGUAAGGUUAGGAUACGCUAGGGCUAAAACUAUGGCAAGGGCUACUUCGUUUGUUUAUUUAUUUCACAUUCUUCAAGAGUCUACGCUUACAACUCGAGAGAUAUGUAUAUUAGACCAGAUGAUUUUUGAUGCCGUAGAUUGUAAGGUACAGUGCUGUUGUGCAUGGAUGUUCAAGGUUCAGAUGAAGAAAAACGGAUCUAUCUUUGAGUCUAACGUUUCCCAUGAAUUGGGCAUCCCCCAGUUGCCACUUUUCCGUCACUGAGUUGUGGGUGAGGUUCUCCAUAAGAGAGCGUUUGAUCAUAUACUCGUGUAGGCCAAGUAUAGAUGUGCUUAGUCCCCGUGCACUCAGCACUACCCAUUCCUCAAGGCGCCUGGGUUGGGCGGUGCGCGGGGUCGAAACAAGGUUCUUCUGAAUAGCGAGCGGCGCCACAGCCACUGCACUACUAACGCACUCCUAUUCUAAUUUACGUAUUUAGGUUACGCGACAUCAAACGACAAUCUAACACAGUAUACACAUUAUAUCAAAUUGUAAGUUAAAAAAUCAAUUGUUCAUUUUUUUUUAAUUUUCAUACUAAACGGUUUUUUAAAUCUUAUUUGUGAUCUUUAGUACCCAUACCUGUCACGAACACGGCGAUGGUGAAAGAAUUAGUGGCAUUGCUUUUGUUGAUCACUCCGAAAGAAAACUAAUCAAUAACCAUAUUUGUGGCGAUAAGAACUUUGAACCUUCAAUAGGCUACAAUUUUGGAAUUAUUGAACUUAGCCAAUUGAAUUAUCGUCAACCGGCUUCAUAA